AGUAGUUGACAUAAACACACAAAAACACAGAAAAAGAGAGAGAUGGGUUUGAGGGUUGCGAAUGCCAUAGGAGAAAUGUUGCCAUGCACAGCCAUGGUCAUAAUAGAAGCUGUCACUAUUUUCUUGACUAUUAUGGCCAGCACUACCAUGUCCAAGUUUGGGAUGAGUUCUUUUAUAUUCGUGGUUUAUACAAAUGCUCUUAGCUUUAUCCUUCUCAUUCCGUAUUCCAUCUUUUUCCACAGAAGAGACAAGACAGAAGAGCCAUUAUUCACGUUUCCCCUUCUUUUGCGUGUCUUCUUCCUUGGUUUAGUAGGGGUAACAAUAGCGCAGAACCUUGCAUUCGCGGGACUAAGUUAUAGCUCUCCAAUCGUAGCAUGUGGAGCCGCAAACAUGAUACCAGCUUUCUCUUUCAUUCUUUCCAUUAUCCUCAGGAAAAUAAGGAUUGACUGGAAGAGCCAAGGAAGUCAAACAAGAGUAGUUGGAACCUUAAUAUCAAUAGUGGGAAUAUUAUCAAUGACUUUCUACAAAGGUCCACUGGUCAACAAGUAUUCUCCAUCUUUCCUUCAGCUAGCAAGACCGCAGCUCCUCGUCUUCACUUCAACACAUGAGAAUUGGGUUCUUGGUUGUUUCUUGUUUGCAGCUGCUUCAUUUGCUCUUACCAUAUGGAACACUAUUCAGGCGGGAAGUAGCAAGAAGCACCCACAUGUGAUGAAAAUAACGUGUCUUUACACCUUGUUUGGGACGAUCCAAUCUGCAGUAUUUGCUUUACUUAUGGAAAAAGAUCUCAGUGCUUGGAGACUUAAGCUUAACUUUGAACUUCUUGUCAUUGUUCUAACUGCAAUAUUUGGAAGUUUAAUACGCAGCAGUAUUCAGAUGUGGUGCAUGCGAUUGAAAGGGCCUUCUUAUGCCCUAUUUUUUAAGCCUGUGGGAGUUCCAGUUGCCAGCACUUGCGGUUGUGUGCUCUUUGCUGCUACUUUUCACUAUGGAAGCAUGUUGAGCGCUUGUAUAUGUGGAUUUGGUUAUUAUACUACACUAUGGGGACAGCUCAAAAAAGACGAGACAAAAAAAGACAUUAAAGGCAACGUGUCAACUUCUGAUAAAAAAGUCCCUCUUCUGCGAGAACAAGAAGAAGAAGAAGAAGAUUCACAGGUCUAAGAGUAUAGCAAAAAAGAUCAAACGAAUUGUAAAUAUGUAUUGGAGGGUGUGUUUUUGGGAACCCUCUAUCGCAAGUUAAGUUGAAGUUUUAAUUAGAAGCGUUGGGUUUCAGAAUAAUGUAACGUUUGUCAUUAAUAUAAGAGCGAGUGUUCUUUUAAUAUACAAGGACAGUUGGAUUGUGAUUGACUAA